CUGCUGCAUCCGCGUCCCACACGUCCACCGCCUGGGAGCCACCAGCCAUGUCUUGGGCAUUGUUGAAGCUCUCUUUAGAGCCUCAUAUCCCCUUCAUGAUUCAUUGAGGUGCUUUUGCCAUUACAAUCAACAUCAUGUUCUUGCUUCGACGCGCCCCACUGCGUGCCAUCCCCCGGCAAACCACCUUCCGUCCUCAACGACGAUCACUCGGCAGCGUGAGCGCCAUCGACUCAGUCAUCUUCCGUACGCUGUUUGGAACCGAUGAGAUUCGGAAGGUGUUUGACGACAAAGCGUACAUCAAUCGGUGCGUUGAUGCCGAGACCGCAUUGGCAAGGGCACAGUCAAAAUGCAAUGUGAUACCUUCACAUAUCGGAGAGAUUGUGACAUCCAAAGCCCGCGAAGUAGAACUCGACUACGACAGGCUGCGCAACGAAACCGAAAUCGUCGGAUAUCCCAUAUUUCCUUUGGUCCGACAGCUCUCCGCGUCAUGUGGUGACGAGGCCGGACGUUAUGUGCAUUGGGGAGCAACAACACAGGACAUCAUGGAUCUGGCAAGCAUGCUGCAGAUGAAAGAAGGCCUUGAGAUUGUUGAGCGUACGCUUCGCUCCGUCAUCAAGAACCUGGAAGAUUUGUCAAGAAAGCAUCGGGAUACGCCCAUGGCCGGUCGCACCCAUCUUCAGCAUGCUCUGCCCAUUACUUUCGGACACAAGUGUGCUAUAUGGCUAUCUGGAUUCCAAAGACACCUCGAGCGCCUCGAGCAGCUCAAAUCGCGUGCCUUGAUGGUCCAGUUUGGAGGAGCUGCAGGCUCUUUGGCUUCACUAGGCUCAGGCGACGAUGGCAUCCGUGUUCGGAAGGAAAUGGCGAAAGAUCUAGGUUUGACCGAUCCUCCGAUCACAUGGCAUGUCGCCAGAGAUGGAGUUGCUGAAAUUACAAACUACCUUGCACUUGUUGGUGGUACCUUAGGCAAGCUUGCUCUGGACAUUAUCAUCAUGUCUUCAAACGAACUUUCAGAAGUCUCAGAGCCUUUUGUGCCGCACCGCGGCGCCUCCUCGACUAUGCCACAGAAGCGGAACCCCAUUUCAAGCGAAGUCAUUCUGGCGGCAUCGAAGAUUCUACGAUCAAAUGCCGGCUUGGUGCUCGACGGUAUGGUGUCAGACUUCGAGCGUGCUUCUGGUCCAUGGCAUCUGGAAUGGGUGGCUGUCCCAGAAAGCUUUGUGAUUGCUGUUGGAGCGCUGAACCAGGCUGACUUUGCGCUUUCUGGCCUUGUAGUAAACCCCAAGCAGAUGCUCACAAAUCUGUAUUCUACUAGGGGUCUAAUCGUCGCUGAAGCUGUAAUGAUGGGCCUUGCUCCGCAUGUCGGUCGAUCAAAAGCGCACGAUGUUGUCUACGAGGCAUGCAAAGAAAGUAUUGAGAACGAUACCAGCUUAUUAGAAGCUCUGCAGACGCGGUCCGAGAUUACCGACAAGAUUUCCAGCCAAGAGCUCAGCUCGCUGUGCGAUGCGAAGAACUAUCUAGGCUCGUGUGGAUUGAUGGUGGACGAGGUCUUAGCUGCAUCCAGAUAAACAACAUGAGAGCACAUUUGCCAUGCAUAGACAUUACUUGACAACCACAUUGUAAAUGCGUUUCCUGAGUCAGCACUAUACUUUCGAUUGACCACCUUAUCAUGACCGCCAAAGAACCCCGCAAGUGAGCCACUAGGUCCAUGUUGCGACAGCCUUCAUGUGGGAGAGUGCAUCGCACGUUCAUCUCACGGGU